UGAACAAAGACCCUAUGAUUCCGAAGAGCGAGAAAGGGAGCUCGAGCCGGGGUCACCCACGGCACACACGACACAUAAGCCAAGAGGUCGCCGCCGCCGCCGCCGCCGCAGCAGCAGCAGCAGUCCAGCAACUUCGCUGCCGUCGCCGCCCCAGCCGUAGCACCGGUUCCCCUCCAGCCGCCAGAGACCAUGUCGAGCGGCCUGGACAUGUCCCUGGACGACCUCAUCAAGCAGUCCAAGUCCAGGCCCAAAGCCAACCCCGCCUCCUCGUCGGGGCCCGUCCGGCGAGCGCCGCCAGCCGCCCGCACCGCGCCCUACCCGCCGGCCGCCCCCAAGGCCCGCGCCGCUAACGGCAACUCGCCCUAUGGGAUAUACGCCGAGCAUGUCGCAGCCAUGGCCGCCGCUGCGCCGCCUCCGGCCGCUGCGAGGGCGCUCCAGACGGGGACGAAGUUGCACAUCUCCAACCUCGAUGCUGGCGUCACCGUCGAGGACGUGCAGGAACUCUUCUUGGAGGUUGGUGAGCUCAAGUGUUAUUCGGUUAACUAUGACAAGGAUGGGAAAUCCAUGGGAACUGCAGAAGUUGUCUUUGCAAGGAAAGUGGAUGCUUUGGAUGCUAUCAAGAGAUACAAUGGUGUCCUACUUGAUGGGAAGCCAAUGGUGAUAGAGCUAAUUGGAAACAACGCCGAGCCAAUCCCCAUGGUGCCAUUAAUCCACAACCGCCCUUUGCAGAACUACAGUGAAAUUCAUAACAGUGUGCCUCAAAGAGCUGGCCAGAGAAGAGGAACAUCUCAAGGCAAUGGUCGUUUCGGAAACAGUAGUCAAAGCAGUGGUGGCCGUGGACAGGGGAAAUCCCGAGGGCAUGAUCGAAAUCGUGUGCAAGUAUCUGCUGCAGAUCUUGAUGCUGAACUGGACAAGUAUCACUCAGAGGCAGUGAAAGAGAAAUGAAGCUCUGAUGUUCUAUUUAUACAGUGGGGUGGUGCUGAGACAGUGUGGCAUUUUGGGUUAGAAACUGUCAAGUUGUUGCUUUGCUAAUGUUUUAUGCUAGAAUUUUUUGCUGUUAGUGUCAGAACCAUUCAGAUACCAUGUUCCAGGAUCAUGGUGCGUGGGGUUGGAACAUUGAAUGUUCAGUUAAUGCUCCUUGUGGUAUCAAAUGCUUUUAUUGUCCAAUCCAGUAUGUAAGUUGUGGUGCAUA